UGUGGUGCAUGGUUGGGGGCCUCCAUGCCGUGUUCGUGACCAGGAACUCCAGGCCCAACAUUGUCCUGUUGAUGGCCGAUGACCUUGGGCUGGGAGAUUUAUGCUGCUAUGGUAACAACACAGUCAGCACCCCGAAUAUCGACCGUCUGGCCAGGGAGGGAGUUCUGCUCACCCAGCACCUGGCAGCAGCCUCUGUGUGCACCCCGAGUCGGGCAGCGUUUCUGACAGGCCGCUACGCCAUCCGAUCAGGCAUGGCCUCUGCCUUCAACCUGAACCGCGCCCUCGCCUGGCUGGGAGGCUCGGGCGGUCUUCCCACCAACGAAACCACCUUCGCCAGGCUGCUUCAGCAUCAGGGCUACCGCACGGGGCUCGUAGGAAAGUGGCACCAAGGCCUGAGCUGUGCCUCCAGGGAUGACCACUGUUACCACCCCCUGAACCAUGGCUUCGACUACUUCUACGGGAUGCCCUUCGGCCUUCUGAGCGACUGCAGGGCCUCCGAGACGCCGGAGCUGCACCGGUGGGUCAGGAUCAAGCUGGGCAUCUCCACCGCGGCCAUCGGGCUCCUCCCUCUCCUGCCGCUCAUCCCCCGCUUCACCCGCUGGUUCCCGGUGCCAUGGGGCAUCAUCGUCACCUUCGGGCUCCUCGCCUUUGUCUUUUUCGUGGGCUGGUUCUCCAGCUACGGGUUCGUGCGGCGUUGGAACUGCAUCCUCAUGAGGAACCACGAAAUCGUCCAGCAGCCCAUGAGGGAAGACAGAGUCUCCGCGCUCAUGCUCAAGGAGGCCCUCUCCUUCAUUGACAGGUACAAACGCGGACCUUUUCUCUUGUUUGUGUCUUUUCUUCACGUCCACACGCCCCUCAUCACCAAAGAGAAUUUCGUGGGACGCAGCAAAUACGGUCGCUAUGGCGACAAUGUGGAAGAAAUGGAUUGGAUGGUGGGUAAGAUCCUGGAGGCCCUGGACCAGGAGUGCCUGACCAACCAGACACUGGUGUACUUCACCUCGGACAAUGGGGGCAACCUGGAGGCACAGGCCAGGGGCGAGCACCUGGGCGGAUGGAACGGGGUCUACAAAGGUGGGAAAGGGAUGGGCGGAUGGGAAGGGGGCAUCCGCGUUCCAGGAAUAUUCCGGUGGCCAACGGUGCUGGAGGCUGGGAAGGUCAUUGACGAGCCCACCAGUCUGAUGGACAUUUACCCAACGCUGUCUUACGUCGGGGGAGGAAUAUUGCCCCAGAACAGAGUGAUCGACGGCAAGAACCUCAUGCCUCUGCUGGAAGGCAGGGUCCGCCACUCGGACCACGAGUUCCUCUUCCACUACUGUGGGGUCUACCUGCACGCCGUCAGGUGGCAUCAGAAAGACUGUGAGUAUGAAGACGGUGCAACGGUGUGGAAGGUUCAUUACGUGAGUCCCAAAUUUUCCCCGAAGGGAGCUGGAGCCUGCUACGGGAGUGAAAUAUGCUCCUGUACUGGAGACGUCACCUACCACGACCCUCCACUCCUCUUUGACAUCUCAAGAGAUCCUUCUGAAUCCCGACCGCUCAGCCCCAACAACGAAGCGUUAUUCGACUCUGUGGUCAUGAAAAUCGAGGCGGCCGUCAAAGAGCAUCGAAGGACACUCACGCCCGCUCCACAGCAGCUCUCUGUGUUCAACACUAUUUGGAAACCGUGGCUGCAGCCCUGCUGUGGGAAUUUCCCCUUGUGUGGGUGUGACAAGGAAGAUGACAUUAUAGCCAACGCUUGAGGAGCAGACAGGGGCUACUUGUUACCAACCACCCACGUGCUGUUACAAAGGCUGUUGGGAACAGUUCUCGCUGACUCAUUCAACCCCUUUGGGAUCAACAAUGACGCCCUCCACUCAUUUUUUAAAAAAUAUGUU